UAUGAAAGUGAAUAUACUAAUAUUGAAGAAGAAAAAAGAUAUAGCCUCACCCAAACCUGACCAAUCAGAACCUUACAUUGUAUUUCUCAUGAAUACUGAUAUGGAUUCUUCUAUUCCCUCCCCACUCAUAUCUUAUCUUCCAUCAAAUUUGCCCAACUGACCCCCUAUCUAAGCCUUCUCAUUCUUCUUUACCAUCCCUUCAUGCCUCAUUGGAAUCCCACCACACUCUUGAAUUUCCCUGUUUUUUCCCAUCCUUAUCAAAGAAAAGUAUGACUACUAACUCUCUGAGAUCCCUUCACCACCACCACUACUCUUUCCUCAAACGCCUCUCCACCGCAGAAUCCACCUCUCCUCCUCCCGCCUCAGUCUUUCUCAAACCCUCCUCCACCUCCACCAUCAACUCCACCACCACAAACACUCUUUCCUCCUCCUCUACCACCACUUUUUCACUUCCUUCUACCACUUCCUCUACCCCUUCCAGUACUUCCCAACCUGUCUCCUUUGACACCCUCCAACACCACCUUUCCACUCAAAACUUUCGCCAGGCUGAUGAAGAGACACGCCGUCUGCUCAUAAUUUUAGCUGGGGAAGCAGCUCAGAAACGUGGCUAUGUCUUUUUCUCUGAGGUUCAGUUCAUCUCAGAAGCAGACCUUAAAGCCAUUGAUGAACUCUGGAAACAGUACAGCAACGACAGGUUUGGGUACAGUGUUCAAAAAAAUUUGUGGCAGAAAGUUAACAAGGACUUCACCAAGUUCUUCCUCAAAGUUGGGUGGAUGAAAAAACUCGACACGGAGAUUGAACAAUACAAUUACAGGGCUUUUCCUGAUGAGUUUGUUUGGGAACUCAAUGAUGAAACACCUGAGGGUCAUUUGCCAUUGACAAAUGCUCUAAGAGGAACUCAGCUGCUUAAAAGUAUUCUCAGCCAUCCAGCAUUUGAGGUUCAGGAAGAGGAACAAGAGGCUGAAACAGGAGAGAAUGGGGCUGUUCAAGGGAAUUUGAGAGAUGGACCAAAGCCACUCAGCAACAGAUUUUUCAAACCAGAUUAUAGUUUUUGAUCAGAACUAGAGUGGUCCACAUGAUGCUUGGAGUGGAAAGGACAGAGCAGAGGAAAACCAAAGCCAAGGAUUCAAGCCCUUUUUCUCUAUAACAAAAAUUUGCCACGUCUCUGACAUGUUA